UUGGGGUAUUCAGCUGUCCGUAAAUGCAAGAAAGUGCCAUCAACAAAGAUUCGGGAAAGAAGGAAUUGUGUGGAUCUGGGCAAGCUUCCAUAAUUAAAUAAUAUGAUCCUCUCUCAUAGUCAUAGUAGUAUCAAGUGUCAUUUUCAAGAAACCAGGUCUUAAUGUCUUAUGUUAUGCUUAUCUUAGUUCUCCUUCUGGCUAUUCUAGCCCAUCUUGGUGACUCGGUCUAGAGUUAUAUACAAGUUUUAAUAUAGUUAUUGUGACUUUCGAAUGGGAUUUGUAGCUAGACAAGUAUAUGUUCUUCCUUGUAUGGUCUGCAUUUUUAGAACUUCUACUGUUAAUACUGUCUUUUGUUUUAACUUGUUAGUGCAUGGGCCGAAUUAAACUCAUGCAUCUUGCAACACAAUCUAAUGCUUGACUGGUUUUCUAGCUUUCUUCCCCAAAAUUGCAUGCUGUCUAAUCAAGUAUGUCCUUUGUUCAAUUGGUGACGACUUCAUCAGUUUGUGUGCUUCUGUUAGAGACGACCAAGGCCAAUGUGUACAGUACAACCAUUGCAAGAAGGAAAUGGUGCUGGUGUCCAACGGAGGGGAUCAGUGGUAAGAGUCGGUUACCUAUGUUGAAGAACUCAAGCCUCGAGGAUGAUCUGAACGUUGUACAGUGGAGGGGAUCAGUGGAAGAAGAACCCGACAACUUGAAAAUCAAUCGUGAUGGUUUCUUUCAUGAAGAGAGUUGCAGUUUAUGCAGCUUGUGUUCUUUUCAGACAAGUUACAAGGAUGGGUUGAUGGCUUGAUGCUACGAAUUGUUUGGGUCGACACGGUCUUUCAUCGCCAUAAG